GUCGGUAACGUGAAAUCAACACUACGUUAUAUUCACUUUGAUGAGAAAUAAAAAACAAAAACGUAUCGAUAAUUAUUUUCUUAAAAAAGGUUUUAUUUUUAAUUAGAUCAAAUAAAAAUGCCUAAAGUGAGAAGAAGUAGGAAACCACCACCAGAUGGAUGGGAACUAAUUGAACCAACCCUAGAUGAAUUGGAUGCAAAAAUGAGAGAAGCCGAGACUGAUCCUCAUGAAGGGAAAAGGAAAGUUGAAGCACUCUGGCCUAUCUUCAGACUACAUCAUCAGAGGUCAAGGUACAUCUAUGAUCUGUUCUACAGGAGAAAAGCCAUCAGUAGAGAGUUGUAUGACUACUGCCUCAAAGAGAAAAUUGCUGAUGCAAACUUGAUUGCUAAAUGGAAGAAACAGGGUUACGAGAAUCUAUGCUGCCUACGCUGUAUUCAACCAAGAAAUACAAACUUCGGAACCAACUGUAUCUGCCGUGUACCUAAAAGUAAACUUGAAGCUGGAAAGAUUGUUGAAUGUAUUCACUGUGGAUGUCGAGGUUGUUCAGGAUAGUUACAUCACUACAACUUGAGGGAGAUAUCAUUACAUCACUACAACUUGAGGGAGAUAUCAUUACAUCACUACAACUUGAGGGAGAUAUCAUUACAUCACUACAACUUGAGGGAGAUAUAAUUAUUUCAACUGAAUAUAAAUAUUGCCAUAGUGAUACAUUGUAAAAAUGAAAUUAUUAUAAGCAACAAUAAUUUGAAAUGUCCAAGCUUUCAAGAAAUUAAGAAAAUUUAUAUUUAAAUCAUGUUUUAACAUUUUAUAAAGUGAAGGAAAGACUAUAUAUGCAGUGUAUCAUGGAAUGAUUUGAAUUGAUGAACUAUGUUGUAUUUCAAUUUUGUACAUGUAUUUCAUACAAAAUCAUUGUAAAAUUUUCAUUUGUCGUAGUAAUACUAUUAUAAAUGUGUCUUUCAUUAUGUUAAUAAAUGCUAUAGAUCAUGAUGCUAUAUCAUGAUGCUGUCCA